AUGUCUCGCGACCCUCGGGACCUUCAGAAUGACGCUCUCUUCUACACAAGUCUCUUAGGUCCACCGAGCCUUGGGCAAGACCACAGCAGUUGCUCAUUUGACAGCCGGGCUUGCACUGCUAGUAACGUGAAUGAUUCGAAGGAAUAUAUCAACAAGCAUGCGGUGGAUGGAUGCGAAUGCGAUUACAUUGUUAUUCCGACUGGAAGUGGCUCGGAAUGCGCUGUAGCCAUCGAACGAGGAGAUAUCCCAAUUGUCCAUCUCCAGGAUGAUGGUGAAGACCUCAGUGUGGACAUCUGCCCGCACCGUACAAAACCAAAGACUUUGGUCGAAAAGUUGAAGAGGUUCUUACUUCUUUUUGUACCAUGGGUUCGCAGAUCAAAUCCCAUACCCUACACUGCAUUAUCUCAUGUUUGGGCAGAUGGCUUGGGUGAUCCAAAGGAUAACAGACUUCAUCGUUGUCAAAUGAAACGUCUAGCUCGACUCCUCAAGUCCCUACCUUCACAUACCCCCUAUGACGAAACUUCGGGUUUACUGCCCGCACAGAAGACAACCUCCCCGAGCGAGGUUUCGGAAUGUUAUUUCUGGAUGGAUACUCUUUGCGUCCCCGUCAAUAAUCAAAAGCUCCGCAAUAAAGCUAUAGAGAGGAUGCGCGAAGUAUACGAAGAGGCAGCUAAUGUAUUAGUUCUUGACGCUGAGCUAAUGCGACACUCUACCGCGGGAGGCUACAAGGAAAUAUUUACUCGAAUCAGCUGCUCUAACUGGGUACGAAGACUCUGGACAUUACAAGAAGCAAUCUUCAAUAGGAACCUCCUCUUCCAAUUCUCCGAUCGAGCAACAUAUGUUGGCGCUGGUUCUAAGCUCCAGCGCGAGCAGAAAGCUGACAACAAAUUACGGCCAUGUGAUCUCGUCGCAUGGGAAUGCGAUCGAUAUAGCUUCGAUUUCCAGGUUGUCCUUCCGUACUGGGACAGAACUCAGCAAAUCAACUUCAUCUGGAAUGCUCUUGAAUCCCGCACUACAAGCCGCAGCGGGGAUGAACCUCUGUGUCUGGCCAUUUUACUAGGCCUCAAUCUCAAGAAAUUUAAGAGGCAGCCUGAUGCAUUUACUGUUAAGAAAUUCUGGAGUCUCAACACGCAGGGGAUUCCUGCCAGCAUUUUGUUCCUCCCAGGGCCAAAGUUACAGGACGAAGGAUACAGAUGGGCGCCUGCUUCAUUAAUAGAUUUGAAAAUUAUGGGGGGGGAACAAAGCCUAACCGCUCAUGUUACCCCUCGUGGCCUCCGCGUUAAGUAUCCUGCAUUUCUCCUCUCGCCACCGCAACAUCCUGUUAAAUCCGUUGUUCCUUUUGAAGCGGAUGGGCAACUAUUCUACCUUCGGGGUGUGACUGCCAACGGCUCGCCAUCUGGCGAGGCUACAAAGCUGCACAAACGGGCGAAUCUCGCAUUCCUUAUCCUUGGCCUAGUCAUGGGCGAAGAUACUGCUGCAGGUGGGCAUGAAGUUGGGCUUGGUGCUCUUGUUAGUGGAGGAGUGUCUAAGCGCGGCGUGCGAUAUGGGGAGUAUCUAAUGCUUAUUAGCUUUGUGAAGAAGGGAAGCUGGCGAGAACAACAUCCAAACGUGCCUUAUUCGAAGGAGGAACAACAGGAGAAGCUCGCCGACCCAUGCAAGGCAACCUAUUUGCCGGUCCAGGAAUGGUGUGUUAGCUAG